GUUAGACUGGGAGGCAGAGCCGUAGCCGUGCCCGGGCCCAGCGGGGUCUGCAGCCUGAGCCCGGCGGUGUCCUCCGCCUGCCCCCUCGCCCUCCUCAGCCUCGAUGGGAACUCAAACAAGUCAUUCCUCCUAAGGAUCUGGUAUCUCCAUCAAGAAGGCACAGUUUGUGCCAGCUCUCCAGAGAGAAAAGGUCUCCUGGAAGCGCUGGGCAAUGAACCUGAGACUCGAGCCCAGAGUGGUCUGAAGCCGUUGGGGAAAACAGAGGGAGUCCUGGGGAAGAUGGCCAUGGCCCCAAGCCCUUCCCUGGCUCAGGGGUACACCAGCCCGGUGGCAGUGGCCGUGUGGGAAUGGCAGGACGGGCUGGGCACCUGGCACCCCUACAGCGCCACUGUUUGCAACUACAUCGAGCAGCAGUUUGUCCAGCAGAAGGGCCAGCGCUUUGGGCUGGGGAGCCUGGCCCACAGCAUCCCCUUAGGCCAAGCUGACCCCUCACUGGCUCCUUAUAUCAUCGACCUCCCCAGCUGGACACAGUUCCGCCAGGACACUGGCACCAUGCGGGCUGUGCGGAGGCACCUAUUUCCCCAGCACUCGGCCCCGGGCCGGGGCAUCGUCUGGGAGUGGCUGAGUGACGACGGCUCCUGGACGGCGUAUGAAGCCAGCGUCUGCGACCACCUGGAGCAGCAGGUGGCCAGGGGCAACCAGCUCGUGGACUUGGCUCCCCUGGGGUACAACUACACCGUCAACUACGCCACCCACACGCAGACCAACAAGACUUCCAGCUUCUGCCGGAGCGUGCGGCGCCAGGCAGGGCCCCCGUACCCAGUGACCACUGUCAUCGCUCCACCGGGCCACACGGGAGUGGCCUGCUCUUGCCAUCAGUGCCUCGGCGGCGGUGCAGCCGGCCCCGUGUCAGGCCGCUACCGCCACUCCAUGACCAGCCUUCCCGCCUACCCAGUCCCCCAGCCACCCCACAGGACCGCCGUUGUUUUGGGGGCCCACCAGGCCUUUGCUCCGUACAACAAGCCCUCACUCUCUGGGGCCAGGUCUGCGCCCAGGCUGAGCACCGCCAACCUCUGGGCUGGGGCGCUGCCCUCCCUGGGGAACCAGCCCCUCUACCGCUCCAGCCUCUCCCACCUGGGACCUCAGCACCAGCCCCCAGGACCGUCCGCUGCCGGCGCAGCCAGUGCCUCCCUGCCCGGCGGUCCAGUGAGCAGCCCCAGGAGCAUCCCCGCCACGGUGCCCGUGCAGGUGCCGAAGCCCAGCAGGGUCCAGCAAGCUCUCGCAGGCAUGACGAGUAUUCUGAUGUCAGCCAUUGGACUCCCUGUGUGUCUUAGCCGCGCACCCCAGCCCGCCAGCCCUCCCGCCUCCUGUCUGGCCUCUAAAAGUCACAGCUCAGUUAAGAGAUUGAGGAAAAUGUCCAUGAAAGGAGGGCCUCCAAAGCCAGAGCCAGAGCAGGUGAUAAAAAACUACACAGAAGAGCUGAAGACGGCCCUGGAUGAGGACUGCAUCAUCUGUAUGGAGAAGCUGUCCAUGGCGUCCGGCUACAGCGACGUGACCGACAGCAAGACCUUCGGGCCGGUGGCUGUGGGCCGCUUGGCCAAGUGCAGCCACGCCUUCCACCUGCUCUGCCUGCUGGCCAUGUACUGCAACGGGAACAAGGAUGGAAGCUUGCAGUGUCCUUCCUGCAAAACCAUCUAUGGGGAGAAAACUGGAACCCAGCCCCGGGGGAAGAUGGAGGUGUUCACGUUCCAGGUGUCCCUCCCCGGCCACGAGGACUGUGGGACAAUCCUCAUAGUCUACAACAUUCCCCAUGGCAUUCAGGGCCCGGAACACCCCAACCCUGGAAAGCCGUUCACCGCCAGAGGGUUUCCCCGCCAGUGCUACCUUCCAGACAACGCCCAGGGCCGCAAGGUCCUGGAGCUGCUGAAGGUGGCCUGGAAGAGGCGACUUAUCUUCACAGUAGGGACGUCCAGCACCACGGGGGAGACCGACACGGUGGUGUGGAACGAGAUUCACCACAAGACAGAGAUGGACCGCAACGUGACAGGCCACGGCUACCCCGACCCCAACUACCUGGAGAACGUGCUGGCCGAGCUGGCCGCCCAGGGGGUGACUGAGGACUGCCUGGGGCAGCAGUGACUGGGGGCGCAGGCGUGCUCCCCCCGAGCCCAGGCCACUCCUGCCUGCCUGGCCCCGUGCCCCGUCCCCACCAGGCCCGGGUCUGCGGGGGAACUGGGCGAGCCUGGGAGUCAUACUUGGGAGGGCUUCGGAUGCAGCUACCUCAGUGCGUGGGCCCCUCCGUCCUCGGUGGGCCGCGUUGGGCCCUCGGUGCCGGGGGCCUGGCAGGGGGUGAGGAGAGACUGCCUGCUGCACCCCCAGCCAGGGGCGAGCCUGGGUCUGGGUCAGCUUCUCAUACCUCAGAUGUUCUGUUUGCAAUAAAUGCCCU